AUGAAAGUCACUAUCAAGGAGUGGAAUGCGGUCGCUACAUGGCGCUGGGAUAUGCCCGAGGACGAAGUCUGUGGUAUCUGUCGCGUUCAAUUCGAUGGCACAUGUCCGACCUGCAAAUUCCCCGGCGAUGACUGUUCACUAUUACUUGGGAAAUGCGGACACUCUUUUCAUAUGCAUUGCCUCAUGACUUGGAUCCAGCAAGAGUCUUCCAAGGGGCUAUGUCCGAUGUGCAGACAGAGUAAGUCACAUCUACCUCCAAUCUCUCGAUCCGAUGCUAAUCCUAUGUCCCAGAGUUUGAGUGGAAACAGAAUGAGGAAUGAGAUGAAAUUCUUGUGCUACUUGUUCACUUUUCACUGA